AUGCCAUCUGCCAUGGAGGGCCCUGAGGGGGCAGAAGAGGCAGAAAUCUUGCACUAUGAGGAAACAGAGGAUGACAGUGUCAGUCCCACUGACCUUUCAGAGCUGUUGAAGGAGGGGACCAAGGAGUCCCAUGACCGAGCUGAGAACACCCAGUUUGUCAAAGACUUCCUGAAAGGACGGAUCAAGAAGGAGCUCUUCAAACUGGCCACUGUGGCACUUUACUUCACCUACUCUGCUCUGGAAGAGGAAAUGGAUCGCAACAAGGACAGCCCAGUCUUUGCUCCUCUGUAUUUCCCCCUAGAGCUUCACCGGAGGGAAGCCCUGGGCAAAGACCUGAAAUAUUUCUAUGGAGAAGACUGGGAAGAGAAGAUCCAGUGCUCAGAGGCAACUCAGCACUAUGUGGACAGAAUCCAUCAUGUGGGACAACAUGAGCCAGAGCUGCUAGUUGCUCAUGCUUACACACGCUACAUGGGGGACCUCUCUGGUGGCCAAGUGCUGAAGAAAGUAGCCCAGAGGGCCCUGAAGUUGCCCAGUACUGAGGAAGGGAUCCAGUUCUACACAUUUGACAACAUUUCCAAUGCACAGCAGUUCAAGCAGCUCUACAGAGCCAGGAUGAACGCCCUAGACCUGGACAAGAACACCAAGGAAAGGAUAGUGGAAGAGGCCAACCGAGCCUUCAGGUUUAACAUGCAGGUAUUUGAUGAGCUGGACAAGAUUGGCAGGUCGCUGCCAGAAGCAGCCCAGGACGGAGGCUUUCCAGUGCACGACGGGAAGGGCGACUUGCGCAAAUGCCCCUACUAUGCAGACAAGCUGGGCAAGGCUGGACCCAGCUGCCCCUACCACGCUGCCAUGGCCCUAGCGAAGCAACCCCUGGUGCAGCUGAUCCUGGCAGCCUGCAUGGCUGUGGCAGCAGGAGCUGCAGCCUGGUACCUCAUGUGAUGGGCACAGUGGCGUGUGGCUCCCAGCGGC